UUAUUCGAUUUUUAGAUCCAAAGGAUGCUGUAAUUCCAUGGGAGGGCAUUAAUACUCUCUCGCAGGAUGCAGGAACAAAGAAAAACACUACGCUGAGGGCUUUAGCAGUCUCUCUCCAAUCUACAUGAAUAUCGCUUGACGGUGGAGUUUGAAGCGUCUUGACACUUCGCAAUGGUUUGCCUAUACAUGCUUGUGUGAUUUGCAGUUCGAGGUGGGGGUUUAAUUUUAAUUAAGCUCAAACAGAGCAAACUCAAAAUGGUGCCUCGGCAUGCGGAAAAGCUCGCCUGUGAUCUCAUUACAACCCAGUUUGGCGAGCUCGUCGGGAAAGUAUGCAAUUGCCUUGUUUACAAAGGAAACCUCGCAUUACACGAAAUCGCUCGCUUCACUGAGCUUACGCCUGCGCAGUUGAAGAAUUGCUUGCUUGUUCUCAUCCAGCACAAUUGCGUUCAGGCAUACAGAGUUGAAGCAGAAGAAGGACUUGUGGCAGCUAAAAUUUUCACACAGUAUUCUGCGAUUGUGAAUAACAUUCUUCACCGAAUGCGUUUUGCCAAGUUUCUGGCCUUGACACGAGAACACCUAGGCGAGGAGUCUGAAUCUCUUCUUGAGGGAUUGUUGGAGCAUGGAAGACUAACAUUGGAGCAGUUAAUCCAGCGGGCAGUAGCUCAAUCUGGAAAAGGGGAGAGUGAGAUUGAAGGGCCUCUUAAAGAAACUUUUUCUGGGCUUGUACGUUCACACUUCAUAGAACGUUGCCCAGUUCCAGAGCCAGUGCUUCCACUGAGGUCAGAGAGUGCACCAAAGAAAGUUGUGCGUGGUUCUGCGCGUAGUAGAAAAGCAGUAAAAGAUACAGAACAAGAGACAGAGGAACAGCGAAUAAUUGCUGCUGCAGCUCCCUUGGAAGGAGAACGGUUCCUUCUUCCUUCAUCUGUUGACCAUGACAUGUCAAUAGACAAAGGAAAUGAUGAUAGCAUUCGAAGCAGUAAAAUUGGUGAAAAGCGCAAGUAUGAAUGUCUAAAGGAAGAUGCGUGGAUGUCAACUGUGGCCAAUGAGAAAGAAAUCCUUUGGCGUGCCAACUAUGAAGAAUUUGUUCGUAGGCUUAGACACAAGGCUUGUGCAUCACAUGUUAGAGCAAGACUUGAUCUUAGAGCAGGUACAGUCCUGGAGGCAAUGCUGGAGGCAACGAUGAUCUCAGAAUCCUCAGCAAAACCAAAAAUAUCAGCUCCAUUAUCAAUGAGUGCUAUAGAGCAGGCAGUAUUGGAAAGUAAAGAAGGCCGCAUCAUGACAAUGGACCGCAUUCAAGCCUGCCUUGAUCAAAUGUCUUCUGAUUCUGUUGGCUAUUUAACUCGUGCACGGGAAAUGGAUGGACAAUACAUUAUUAACAUGCACAAAAUCCUUCUAGAUGCUCGUAAAAGUGAGGUGGAGGCAAUCGUACGUAAGAGAUAUGGCAUAGAAAGCUGCAGGAUAUUUAAACUCUUAGCUAUGAAGGGUCAGCUUGAGCAAAAACAGAUAUCUGAGCAGGCUCUAGUUGGCAGGAAAGAGACAUUGGAGCUAUUGUAUAAACUCUUCAAAGAUGGCUACUUGCAGAUGCAGGAAAUUGCAAAAUCUCAAGAUCAUGCUCCAUCUAAAACCUUCUAUUUAUGGCGGGUAAACUACCCCAACUUGAUGGAGCGUAUUGUUGAUGAUAUGUACCAUGCUGCUUCAAAUCUUGGUCAACGACUUGCGCAUGAGCUUGAACAAGAACAAGAGGUAAUAGAUCUUUUGAAGCAAAUGCACCAGUCAAAAGCUACAGAUGGAAGUACAUCACAAGUAACAUUAACUAAAAGUCAGCGUGAAAAAAAGGAUAAAAUGCGUCGAAUUGCAACAAUUUUGGAAGCCUCGCUUCUGAAGCUUGAUGAUUCUCUCAUGUUGUUCCAUGACUUCUAAAACUGUAUGGUUGUGGUUCAUGCAGUGAUUGAGAUAUAGAAUUCCUCUUCACAGAGAAGAUGCAAGGUCAAAUUGUCUACAUAUUAUUCAUUUUUUAUUACAUCAAUAUAAAUUAGGAUGUCUAUGAA